AUGGUUGGAAAAAUGAAUAAGUUAUACGUCCUCAAACGUGAUGGAAGGAUGGAAGAAGUACACAUUGAUAAGAUAACAUCAAGAAUAAAAAAGCUUUGCUAUGGGCUUAACAUGGACUUUGUAGAUCCAGUAAGCAUAACACUCAAAGUUAUAAGUGGCAUCUAUUCUGGAGUGACAACAGUUGAACUAGAUAAUUUAGCUGCAGAGAUUGCUGCUACAAUGACAACAGAUCAUCCAGAUUAUGCUGUCCUUGCAGCUAGGCUUGCUAUAUCCAAUUUACAUAAGGAAACAAAAAAACAUUUUUCAGAUGUUAUGUCUGAUUUAUAUAACAUUAUCAACCCAUAUACCAACAAAAAGGCACCCAUGAUAUCUGAUUUUCAUUAUAAUGUUAUUGUAACUAAUAAAGACAGAUUAGAUUCAGCAAUUGUAUAUGACAGGGACUUUAAAUACAACUAUUUUGGUUUUAAAACUUUGGAAAGAUCAUAUCUUCUAAAGAUUAACAAUAAGGUUGCAGAGAGGCCACAACAUAUGUUAAUGAGAGUUGCAAUUGGUAUACAUGGAGAUGACAUAGAUGCUGCCAUUAAGACAUACAAUUUGUUAUCUGAAAAAUACUUUACUCAUGCCAGUCCAACUCUUUUCUCAGCAGCAACACCUAGACCUCAGCUGUCUUCUUGUUUUUUAAUUGCUAUGAGAGAUGAUAGUAUUGAGGGUAUAUAUGAUACCCUAAAGCAAUCUGCUUUAAUAUCAAAGUCUGCGGGUGGAAUUGGUCUUCAUGUUCAUUGUAUAAGAGCUAAGGGAACAUAUAUAGCUGGAACAAAUGGGGUUUCAAAUGGCUUAGUGCCUAUGUUAAGGGUGUACAACAACACUGCAAGAUAUGUUGAUCAAGGCGGAAAUAAAAGACCAGGUGCAUUUGCUAUUUAUUUAGAACCAUGGCAUGCUGAUAUUUUUGAAUUUUUAGACCUCAAAAAGAAUACAGGGAAAGAAGAGGUGCGUGCCAGAGAGCUUUUCUAUGCUCUUUGGAUUCCUGAUUUAUUCAUGAAGAGAGUAGAAAAUAACGAAAAUUGGAGUCUCAUGUGUCCUCACAAUUCUCCUGGCCUUGCUGAUUGCUGGGGAGAAGAAUUUGAGAAGUUGUAUGAACAAUAUGAAGAAGAGAAAAAGUAUGUUAAACAAGUUCGGGCACAAAUUUUAUGGAAAGCCAUAAUUGAAGCACAAGUAGAGACUGGAACACCAUUUAUGCUGUAUAAAGAUUCAUGUAACAGAAAAAGCAAUCAACAAAACCUUGGCACAAUUAAAUGUAGCAAUCUUUGCACAGAAAUUGUAGAAUACACCUCGGAAGAUGAAGUGGCUGUCUGUAAUUUAGCAUCAAUAGCUCUCAACAUGUUUGUCAAUGAAAACAAAACCUACAAUUUUGAAAAGUUAAAGGAAGUCACUAAAACAAUAACCCAAAAUUUAAAUAAAAUUAUUGAUGUGAAUUACUAUCCAGUUCCAGAAGCUAAAAAUUCAAAUAUGAGACACAGACCAAUUGGGAUUGGUGUUCAAGGUUUGGCUGAUACAUUUGUUUUAAUGCGUUAUCCAUAUGAAAGUGAAAAUGCAAUGAAAUUAAAUCAACAAAUAUUUGAGACAAUUUACUAUGGGGCCUUAGAAGCAAGCUGUGAAUUGGCAGAAAAAGAAGGUGUAUAUAGCACUUUUGAUAAUAGCCCUGUCAGUAAAGGUAUUUUGCAAUAUGAUAUGUGGAAUAAAAUACCUACGGACCUUUGGGAUUGGGUUGCUCUAAAAGAGAAAAUUUCUAAAUACGGUCUUCGUAACUCUUUACUUCUAGCGCCUAUGCCGACCGCAUCCACAGCACAAAUUCUUGGAAAUAAUGAGUCAUUUGAACCAUUUACAUCAAACAUAUAUCAGAGAAGGGUUCUGUCAGGAGAAUUUCAAGUAGUGAACCAUCAUCUUUUGAAAGAUUUAACACAAGCAGAUCUUUGGGAUGAAGACAUGAAAAACCUUAUCAUUCAUAAUAAUGGUUCAAUUCAAAAUAUCGAAAGAAUUCCGAAAGAAAUUCGUGACUUAUACAAAACAGUCUGGGAAAUUUCAGUUAAAACGACGAUCCAAAUGGCAGCCGAUAGGGGCGCAUUUAUCGAUCAAAGCCAGUCUUUUAAUAUUCAUGUUGCUGAACCAAAUUAUGGAAAGUUGACUUCUAUUCAUUUUCAUGCAUGGAAAAUGGGGCUUAAAACUGGCAUGUAUUAUUUGCGCACAAAACCAGCUGCCAAUGCCAUUCAAUUUACGGUUGACAAAUCAAAAGUCAAAGUUGGAAAUGGUAAAGUUGAUAAAGAAGAAGCUGAUAUGUCAAUGAUUGCAUGCUCAUUACUUAACAAAGACCAAUGUCUAAGUUGUGGUUCUUAG